AUGCCACACCGCCUAUUCUCUUGUAUCGAGGACCUCUUAGUGAUCUUCCAUGGAGAGACAGCUCCACAGCCAAACACAGCCUUUCUCUGCCUGCCGAGUUCCACCAUGCUUAAGCAAAUUCUAAGCAAACUCCCCCGCAAGUCGCCAAAAUCUGAUUCAUUAGAUUCUGCAGGGAGUGAUUCUGGCAGCAAUACUCCCAAUUUGGGCAAUGGAUUCCAAUGUACAAUUGGUGGCAGUUCUCUUACAAGCAAAUUAAAUGUUGUCAAACGGGUGUCUUCAGCAGUUUUCCCAUCAAGCAUUGCAGCUGGAGCUGAGGCAGUAGAGCCCCAUCUAUCCUUCAAAGAGGUUUCAAAUCCACAGAAGCAUAAUCUGUUUAUCAGCAAGCUGAACCUUUGCUGCGAGUUCAUUGAUUCCAGUGAUCCAGUUAAGCAAGAUCUUAAACGUGAAACAUUGAUAGAACUUGUUGAUUUUGUUUCUUCUGGAUCUGCAAAGUUCAGUGAACCAGCGAUUUCUGCCUUGUGUAAGAUGUGUGCAAUGAACCUGUUUAGAGUUUUCCCACCUAAAUACCGAUCUAAUUUUACUGGGGGUGAAACAGACGAUGAAGAACCAUUGUUUGAUCCUGCUUGGUCACAUCUGCAAAUUGUGUAUGAUCUUCUGGUUCGGUUUAUCAGUUAUAGUUCACUUGACAUAAAGGUGGCGAAAAAGCAUGUGGAUCAUUCUUUUAUCGUAAAAUUACUUGAUCUCUUUGACUCUGAGGACCCAAGAGAAAGAGACUGUUUGAAAACCAUUCUGCAUAGGAUUUAUGGAAAAUUCAUGGUACACAGACCUUUUAUACGAAAAGCUGUCAGCAAUAUCAUAUAUCGGUUUGUUUUCGAAACUGAAAGGCAUAAUGGAAUUUCGGAGCUGUUGGAGAUUUUUGGGAGUGUAAUUAGCGGGUUUGCUUUGCCACUGAAGGAGGAACACAAGAUAUUUUUGUGGAGGGCUCUGAUUCCUCUACACAAACCAAAGUCAGUGGGUAUUUAUCAUCAGCAAUUGACAUAUUGUGUUGUACAGUUUAUAGAUAAGGAUCCGAAGUUGGCAAGUACUGUAAUAAAGGGGUUGUUGAAGUACUGGCCAGUAACAAAUAGCCAGAAGGAGUUGAUGUUUUUGAGUGAGUUAGAAGAGGUUUUGGAAAUGACUAGCAUGGACGAGUUCCAAAAGGUCAUGGUCCCACUGUUCCGGCGAAUAAGAUGCUGCCUCAAUAGUUCCCAUUACCAGGUGGCUGAACGAGCUCACUUGCUGUGGAACAAUGAACACAUCCUUAACCUUAUUGCGCAUAACCGCCAGGUGAUCUUGCCGCUUGUCUUCCCAGCGAUUGCGCGAAACACCCAAAACCACUGGAAUCAAGCAGUGUUGAACCUGACGCUGAACGUGAAGAAGAUGUUUAGCGAUAUGGAUGAGGAGCUGGUACUUGCCUGCCAAUGUAAGUUGGAGGAGGAAGAUAUAAGGUCAAGCGCCGCAGCUGAGAAGCGCAGGUUAACAUGGGAACGCUUGGAAACUGCUGCUGGUGUCCAACCUGUAGCUUGUAACUUUUUAGCUCCGAUAAAGCCUGCUACUUGUCCUGUUGUCUGCUAA